GUGUAAAGAAAUGUGUAAUGUCAGUUGACAUGUCAAAGUUCACACUAGAUAACAGUGUUAUCUACAUACAAAAAACCAUAUAUGUAAUACCCCCAAAAACAAAUAAGUAUACCUAUGUACAUUUAUGAAAACAAAUACGACAUCACAGUAACCAUAUAACCUUGGUUCGUGAACAACAUAUACUUAACCACAAACCUGAUAAGAAAACAAAUAUUUAAACAAUCUGGGUUUAUACUUAUUCUCAAACAAGUAACCAAGAUAAAGGUAUUUCGUGUAAAUAACGAAAGUGAAUAAUGAGUACUCAAAAAGUUGCAGUCGUGACCGGUGGAAACAAAGGGAUUGGAUAUGGAAUUGUUAAAGGACUGUGUGAAAGGUUUGAUGGUGUUGUUUAUUUAACAGCUCGAGAUUCUGAGCGGGGAAAAGCGGCUGUUUCUAAGUUGGAAAAGGAGCAUAAUUUAAAACCUGUAUUUCGGCAAUUAGAUAUUACUGACCAAAAUAGUGUGGACAACUUUAAAGAAUUUAUCAAAAAAGAACAUGGUGGCUUAGAUAUAUUGAUUAACAACGCAGCAAUAGCAUUCAAAGUAUCUGCUCCAGAACCUAUGUCUGUUCAAGCAAAAGAAACAAUCAGAGUAAAUUAUUUUGGUACUAUCAGAGUUUGUGAUGCAUUAUUUCCCUUGCUUAGAAAUAAUGCCAAGGUGGUAAAUGUCUCUAGCUCUGCUGGCCACUUGUAUAGAAUACCUUCUGAAGAAAUACGAAGAGAAUUUUCUAAAAAAGAUCUUACUGUGUCUGAACUCAACAAAUUAGUGGAAAAAUUUGUGAAAGCUGCUGAAAAUGGUAAAACUGUGGAAGAUGGCUGGGGUUCAUCCACGUACGUUGUGUCAAAGGUUGCGGUGUCAGCGUUGACCAACAUACAGCAAAAAAUGUUUGACGAAGAAGUUCCAAAUAGGAAUAUUUCAGUAAAUUCAGUUCAUCCAGGAUAUGUCAAUACUGAUAUGACAAGUCACAAAGGCCCAUUGUCCAUUGAAGAGGGAGCAAAAAGUUCACUUUUUGCCGCACUAGAUGCCAAUUUGAAAGGAAAAUACAUUUGGUAUGACUGUAAGGUUGUAGAUUGGUUCACCAAUAGUGCACCAUCAAAUUAACUUUUAUUGAGAGCAUUUUUGCCUAAUAAUUAUGUUGUUAAAAAUUAUCUUUUAUAUUAAUGUGUUUAUUAUUAACACAAAGUUGUAUGCCACAUUCUUUUAACAAUUGAUUCAAAAAUGGUUUUCUUUAUAAGCAUUAAAAAAGUGAAUAAAAAAGGAAAAAA